CAAGUAUAUAUAUAGGGUGUGUGUUGGGAUGUUAGUCCAGUAACCAGAGCCAGGUUAUACCAAGGACACCAAGGUUUUGUACUAAAUCAACAAAUACUAACGCAACAUCCGUCAACACUGAGACAUGGGGCCAAGGUUCCUUCUCCUGGUGGUGGUUGUCUUCGCCAUGGAACAGACAGUUGCAGCCAUGUCCGCUACAAAGGAGGCUUUCGCUGAAAUACAGAAAGAUCUGAAGUUCUUAAAAUCAGGUGUUGACCGUCUCGGGGGGACGUCGACAAUUGAACAACACGCAUCGUUUACAUCCACAAAGCCAGAAGCACUGCGACUCAGCCACGAAUACAGAGAGAAGUUUCUCUUAGUACAAUCUGGAAAAAGGACUUCAAAGGACGUCUGCAGCAGCUCCGUGGUGUGUAACAAGACCGACAUGUUCCGGUCAGCGGACGGCAGCUGUAACAACAUCCGACAUCCUGACUGGGGAAAGAGCUUCAUCCCAUUGAGGAGGUUCCUUCUGCCGAAAUAUGACGAUGACAUAUCCUCACCACGAACAAAGGGAAUUCAUAGACGCCCGCUUGUAAGUGCUCGGCUAGUGAGCACCACUCUGCACACUGCUGACGUCGACGCCACGUCACGGAGUGACGCCACACACAUGGCCAUGCAGUGGGCUCAGUUUCUGGAUCACGAUCUCAGCAUAACUGCUGUACAACGCGGCGCAGAUGGGUCUACAAUGAUCUGUUGUAAGGAUGACGUCCCAAAGGGCUACAACCAUUCUGCCGACAUCUACGACAGAUAUCAGUGCUUCAACAUUGCCGUGCCACCAGGAGAUCGAAGGUUCAAGCGCACAUGUCUCAACUUUGUCCGAUCAGUGCAAGUGGCCAACACAAACUGUGACAUUACACCAGCAGAACAGCUGAACCAGCUGACAGCCUAUGUGGAUGCAUCCCAGGUGUAUGGCUCGACACAGGAGGAGCAGGACGAACUCAGGGCUCACACGGGAGGUUUGCUAAGAACAUCCCUUAGGAGGCCAGAACUGUUACCUAGAAACCCUGUUUCCGAUUGCAUCACGUCCACUGAACCCAACUUUUGUUUCAGGGCAGGUGACGAGAGAGUGGACGAGCACAUGUCUCUGGCAAGUAUGCACACCAUCUGGCUGCGGGAACACAACAGAGUGGCCAGGAAGCUUGCACGUAUCAACCGUCGAUGGGAUGAUGAGCGGCUGUUCCAGGAAACCAGGAGGAUUCUGGGAGCCAUGAUACAGCACAUCUCCUACGCCGAAUUCCUUCCCCUCGUCCUCUCAACCAAGUUUCUCACCAAGUUUGGGCUCCGACCAUCGACUGGUCCUGUUAAUAUUUACAAUGCCAGUAUUGAUGCCAGUGUUCGCAAUGCCUUUGCUACAGCUGCCUACCGCUUCGGCCACUCUAUGAUAAGAUCCUUCUUUAGUCGUCCAAACAGGAGAUUUAGGGGUGGAGAAGCUCUCCGACUUAGAGACUCAUUUGGAAAUACAUCCAUAAUUAUUUCAACUGCUGGUGAUGCUGUAAAUGAACUAACAAGAGGGCUGCUGGUUGAUAGGGCCAAUUCUGUGGACAGACACAUCACCCCUGAAGUUACAGACUUCCUCUUCCCAGAUGAUGAAGGUAACAGUCUCGAUCUGAUGGCUUUAAACAUUCAACGUGGCCGCGACCAUGGCCUACCAGGGUACAAUGCUUGGCGGAGGUGGUGUGGACUCCCUGAAGCUAAGGAUUUUAAACCACAACGUGGAGGUCUUGUGGAUCAUCCUGAUGAUGCUGCAGCUGCUCUAGCGUUGGUGUAUAGGUCUCCUGAAGACAUCGACCUGUUCUCCGGGGGCGUGUCUGAACGCCCAGUUCGUGGAGGUCUCCUAGGGAACACGUUCUCCUGUAUUGUUGGCCGUCAGUUUGAACUGCUGAAAGUGGGCGACAGAUUCUGGUAUGAGACGAAUGAUGAUGUCGUCGGGUUUACCCGAGAACAGCUGUCUGAACUCCGUGACUCGUCUCUCUCCCGUGUGGUCUGCGACAACACCGACACCUACAAGAUCCAGCCUAACGCCUUUAGAAAAAUAGGAAAAGGGAACAAAAUCAGACUUUGCAGAACGCUGCCAGCAGUGGACUUGAGCGCUUGGCGGGACUCGGAGAAAGGAAUGUGGUCCCACUGGUCAACGUGGUCAAGCUGCUACCUCGGACAGAGGACACGCACUAGGAGAUGUCAUCGGAAGAGUCGUGGAUUUCCCGGGGCGUGCAGGGAGAAGAAGGCGUGUGACUCGGGGUGUAAGUUUGGGCAUUGGGGGUCCUGGAGUCACUGUGUGAAGGGGUGUGGCUACAGAACACGCGUGUGCACCUGUAGAAGGUGCCGCUACGGGGACCUCUUCCAGUCAAGAGGGUGUCGUUUGCACACCAGCUUCAAUCACAGAACAUAUUGUAAAAGAAUGUAUGGCAUCCUUAAACGCUGGAUCUGAGACAUGUUCUCACUCAGCUUCUUGAUCAAAUAAAGCAGAGCAUACUUGAA